UAUGCCAUCAAAAGUAGAUGUCCUGCUUGCUCAGUCUCCAAUGAAUCGAACUUGAAAACGAUUACUGAUGUAUUUCACUCUUGGAUGAGAACUUUCAAUUUCUCACCCAAGUCAGAUAGUUCUUACAGUCUUAUAUCAUUUAAGUCUCAAUUGUCGACAUCUGGAGGAGCGCGUGUAUCAUCACGUGACCGUGACUGCCCUGCUCAAUGACAUCUACGCGCCAAGCAAAAGAUGUCGACGCUCAAUCAAUCACCAACUUCCCUCCCUCAUUCCCCCCAAAACAUAACCCCUCUCCACCCUCUCUUCCACCUCUGACAAUGGCGGGCACCGGCUUCAAACUCUCGCUCGCCGGCGCAAAAAAACCAGGAGGAAUCAAACCCCCGCCCGCCAAACGCCCGCGCCUGGCCGCGCUCGGCGACGAACCCGAAGACGCAGACAAACAGCAGGAGAUUCUUGGCUGGGACACAACAGCCGGCGGCGCGAUUGAACUCAAUGGCAAAACGAAGAAGGAAGAGGAGGCGGCGAAAGCUGCGCCGCGCGUGAUUGCGAGCCAGCCGAAUCGCAACUGGCGCGAGGAUGCUUUGAAGAAACAUUCCGGCAGCGGUGGUAGUGAUGGAGCGCCGCCGGGAGCCAACCCCCAACAACAAACACCAGGACGAGAAAUGGAAGAGAAACCACAACUCCCCGUGGGUCUCAACCUGUUCCCCAAAAAAGAAGAAUCGCAAGACACAGCAAACACGACCUCCGAACCCAUGACCCUCGACCCUCCCGCCCCCGAAUCCGACGACACCUUGACCCCAGAACAGCGCUUAGAAAAAGAUGCUCUCGCCGCCCUCAUCACAGGCGAAACCCCAAACCACACCGUAAUACCCCUCUCCCGCACCGACCAAGAAGCCUUCGAAGAAGACUACAACGAGGCGCGGCCCGCCCCUACAACGGCAGACUACGACGCCACACCCAUCGACGGCUUCGGCGCCGCGCUCCUCCGCGGCAUGGGCUGGAAGGACGGCGAAGAACUCGGUCUUCACCGCGGAGACGGAGUCCGCAAGAAAGCAGCGCCACCCAAAGAAGUGAAAGCGCGUCCUGCGCUUCUAGGAAUAGGCGCAAAGCCCGAAGCUGCCAUGGGCCUCGAGCCGAAAAGCGCAAAGGCGGAAAAGGCAGCGACAUGGAAAGCCAAGGAGGCGCUGUAUAAACCCGCUACUUUGGCCGUUGCGGUGCGGAAUAAGAAGACGGGCGAGAUGAUGUCGGAGGAUGAGUACAACAAGAUGCUCGAGAAGCAAAAAUUCAUCGACGAUGGCGGUGGCGGUGGCGCCGAUCACGCUUCCUCCUCGAGGAACACCGAGAGAGACGGCAGGAGCAGCAGCUCGAGGAAGAUGAUCAAAUACGCCGGCGAAGACGAGGACGAAGACGAAUACAGACGCGCGAAGCGCAGGGAUAGAGAGAGGAGGGACCGCGACCGCGAUAGGAGAGACGGCGACGUCCUCGACGACAGAUACGACAGCGAGCCGCGCAGAAGAGACAAACAUCGCGAUCGCGACCGCGACCGGUAUUCCGAAUCACAGUCCCACUCCCACCGCAGCAGCCGCCGCGACGACGACGACGACGACGAAUACCGCUCCAGCCACAAAUCGAAAUCAAAAUCCUCGCGCAGCGACAGGGACAGAGACAGAGACUAUGAACGACGAGACCGCGACUACGAACGGUCGUCGCGCGGCGGCGGCGGCGGCGACAAAGACAAGAGUCGGAGUAGCUACAGAGACAACGAUGACGAUAGAGAUCGACGGCAUCGCCGUCCUCAUCAUCACCAUCGUCGCAGUCCCUCGCGUUCGCGUUCACGUUCUCGCUCCCCGAAACGGCGAGAUCGCGACCGCGACCGCGAAAGAGGAGGUUCAGACCGCGAUAGGAAGCGCAGAAGAGAUGAUUGAA